AUGGCAAAAUACUACUAUCCAACAUCUAUUCACGAAGGUGUUGCCAUGAUUUCUUCUGAAUCAAUUCUUCAAGUCUUCUGUGGGGCUACACCUCGACUCUUCUACCCUAACCCUUGUUCCAACUUAUUAACAUAUUCUCAUGGGUCCAUCACAAAAUGUAAAAAGAGAAGCCGCUCAAAUGCCAUUCGAUUCUUCAGGUGCUCAAAUGUUCAUACUUGUCGCCAGUUUCCUACAACUCCUAGCAUCCGCCAUGAAACCAUCCAAAAUCGACGAUCAUUUCAUCAUUUUAGUUGUAAAUGCCAGACUUCUGAAAGUGUUAGUGGACUCACUGCUGAAGAUGCAAACGAUACAUGGGUUGUGGAUAAUCCCAAACAGUUCAACACUAUUGAAGACACAAAUCAUCCACCAAACCUCUCGGAUUCAAAGGACAUUCAUAAAUUGAAGAAAGAAAAGGACGAUUCAACAUCUGACACGAUUGAAGACGAAGCAUGGGACCUACUUCGUGAUUCAAUGGUAAACUAUUGUGGUAGUCCUAUUGGUACAAUAGCCGCAAAAGACCCCACAAGCUCUAGUGUACUUAACUACGAUCAAGUUUUCAUUCGCGACUUCAUACCUUCUGGUAUAGCUUUCUUAUUAAAAGGGGAAUACGACAUUGUCCGCAGUUUCAUCCUUCACACACUUCAACUCCAAAGCUGGGAGAAAACAAUGGAUUGCCAUAGCCCUGGGCAAGGAUUAAUGCCUGCAAGUUUCAAGGUCCGUACAGUACCCCUUGAAGGAGACGACACUGCAACCGAAGAAGUUCUAGACCCUGAUUUCGGAGAGGCUGCUAUUGGCCGUGUUGCCCCUGUGGAUUCCGGGUUAUGGUGGAUUAUACUGUUACGCGCAUAUGGAAAAAGUUCCGGAGAUUUAUCACUCCAGGAAAGAAUCGAUGUUCAAACUGGAAUCAAGAUGAUUCUAAAGCUAUGUCUCGCUGAUGGAUUCGAUAUGUUUCCUACUUUAUUAGUAGCAGAUGGACCUUGUAUGAUCGAUAGGCGUAUGGGGAUUCAUGGUCACCCUCUUGAAAUCCAAUCUUUAUUUUACUCAGCUUUAUUAUGUGCACGAGAGAUGCUUGCGCAAGAAGAAGGAUCGACAGACUUGAUUAUAGCUUUAAACAAUCGUCUUGUUGCAUUAUCUUUUCAUAUACGAGAAUAUUACUGGAUAGAUAUGAAAAAGCUUAAUGAAAUCUAUCGAUACAAGACUGAAGAGUAUUCUUACGAUGCUGUUAAUAAGUUUAACAUUUAUCCAGAUCAAAUCUCUCCAUGGUUAGUGGAAUGGAUGCCAAAUAGAGGUGGAUAUCUUAUUGGAAACCUGCAACCUGCUCAUAUGGAUUUUAGGUUUUUCUCUUUGGGGAAUUUUUGGUCUGUUGUGAGUAGUUUGGUUACAGUUGAUCAAUCACAUGCGAUUUUGGAUCUUAUUGAAGCAAAAUGGGCAGAUUUAGUGGCAGAUAUGCCUUUCAAGAUUUGUUAUCCUGCCCUUGAAGGUCAAGAAUGGCAAAUUAUCACGGGUUCUGAUCCCAAGAACACGCCUUGGUCAUACCACAAUGGAGGCUCAUGGCCUACUUUACUCUGGCAGCUUACAGUGGCAUGUAUCAAGAUGGGAAGGCCAGAAAUAGCAGAAAGAGCAGUGAAGAUAGCAGAAGAGAGAUUGGGUAAAGACAAAUGGCCUGAAUAUUAUGACACAAAAAGAGCAAGAUUUAUAGGGAAACAAUCGCGUUUGUUUCAGACAUGGACAAUUGCAGGAUAUCUUGUGGCAAAAUUACUGCUUAAGGAUCCUACUAAAGCCAAGAUUUUGAUGAAUGAUGAGGAUUCUGAACUUGUGAAUGCGUUUUCUUGCAUGACCACUUCUAACCCUCGUAAGAAACGGGGUCCGAAGAGCUCCCAGAAGACGUACAUUGUAUGAGAUUUUAUUCGGGUUAAGUUUUAUUUGUUUUUAGGUGUAGAUUGUAUAGCAAGUGUCAGCCAUUGAGCCAUUUUUAGUCAUUUGUGAUUGGAGUUUAUGAGUCGAACAUAUUGUUCAACAAUGAACAUAAAAGUAUACUUCGGUAUAUAUUUAUUCAAAAACCUGCCAAGGUUUUUAAUGCGUUGAUAACUAUUGUUAUUCUAUUUUAUUUUCCACUCAUACUAAGGU